AUGGAAAGAGGAAAUUGCUCAUCCUUAACUGAAUUCAUACUGUUGGGAAUUACUGAUAACCCUGGGAUUAAAGUAGCCCUAUUUAUCCUGUUUUUCCUUGUUUAUCUCAUUAACUUUCUGGCAAAUCUUGGAAUGAUUAUUUUAAUUAGGUUGGAUCCCCAGCUGCACACACCCAUGUACUUUUUCCUCAGCCAUUUCUCUUUCUGUGACCUCUGCUAUUCAACAGCAAUUGGCCCCAAGAUGUUGAUAGACAUUUUAGCCAAAAACAAAUCAAUCCCCUUCUAUGGCUGCACUCUGCAGUUCUUGGUCUUCUGUAUCUUUGCCGACUCUGAGUGUCUCCUGCUGGCAGUGAUGGCCUAUGACCGGUACAAGGCCGUCAGCAGCCCCUUGCUCUAUGCUGUCAGCAUGUCCAGCAGGCUGUGCUCCCUGCUCAUGGCGGGGGUUUACAUGCUGGGAAUGGCAGAUGCUUUGAUCCACACGACAUUAGCAUUCCGCUUAUGCUUUUGUGGAUCAAACGAGAUUAACCAUUUCUUCUGUGACUUAUCCCCACUUUACCUUCUCUCCUGCUCUGAUACACGGGUCAAUGAGUUGGCGUCAUUCACUGUUUUUGGUUUUAUUGAAUUAAGUUCCAUUUCAGGAGUCCUUGUUUCUUAUUGUUAUAUCAUUCUAGCAAUCUUGAAGAUCCACUCUACAGAAAGGAGGCUCAAAGCUUUCUCCACCUGCACCUCCCAUCUAACGGCUGUGGCAAUUUUCCAGGGAACUAUACUCUUCAUAUAUUUCAGACCCAGUUCUUCCCACACUCUAGAUCAAGACAAAAUUACCUCAUUGUUUUACACCCUUGUGAUUCCCAUGUUAAACCCUCUGAUCUAUAGCCUACGGAACAAGGAUGUGAAAGAUGCCCUAGAAAAGCUAAAAGAUAAAAGAUGGUUUUAA